ACAAAGCGCCAGCCAAUCUGCGGGACGGGGCGCUCGCGGAGUGUGGUGCUGGUAGAUGGGAUAAGGGAUUCGCUUGUUAGAACAUUGCUGAUGAAGCAAAUAGGAAGGGUGAAUUAGGUGACCGGUGUGAUUACAGAAAAUCUCGGCUGCGAUUGUGGCCUCUCACAUUGUUUGGGCAUCCAGACUGUUCUGCUCGUCCUGCAACAGUUUGGUUUCACUGAAUAGGCUUGUACAUAACAGUAUAGAUAACCAACAAUGAGUUCGACACCCCCGAAAAAUCCAGAGGAGGCUCUUGGAGAGUCAUGGGUGGACCUGACCUAUCAGACGUCGUCGCCGCGGCGGGCCACGCCGCUGCCCCUGGGUGGCGAGGAGUACCUGCGCCUGCUGCGCGAGGCACAGCGUGAGAGCAACAACACAUCAGCCCGCGGCUCGCUGGCCUCGUCCCGACGUGACUCGCCCAAGGACUGCAUCUCGCCCAAGUCGCCGCCCAACAGUCCCAAUCCGGAGUUUGCCACCGAUCUGGAGGAGCUGCGCGACUACUACCUGAAUAAGGAGGACUCGCUCGGCCUGGAGAAGAACACGGACUGGGUGUGGGACUGGAGCAGUCGGCCGGACCUCACGCCGCCCAAAGACUGGCGGUUCCGGCACCCCACUCUGGCCAAGCGCACCCUCAGCAUCCGGAACGCCAAAGUGGGCAACACGGGCAUCUUCUCGCGUGGUGUGCUCUGCACCUUCAUAGUCACCAACAUCCUGUCCCUGCUGCUGGGCGCCGGGCUCGGGUACUGGAUGAGCAAGAAGACGGUGGUGCUGCAGCUGGUCUCCCUCGACUAGGUGGACUCGGGGGCCGCGCGUGACGACGCCGGCCCAUGUGAUAUGUGGACGUGACUCGAUAGCGGAGGGGCGCGCCGCCGGCCGGGUCAGCCGACCGCGCCAGCUGAGGCGGUCACGGGGCCGGCCACCCGCGCCGCCGAGCCGGGCUCCGUGGCGGA